AUGAUGACAUUGAUGUUGAGUGAAAUUCAGAGCCAAAUGGGUACCAAACCUUUUGGUGAAGACGUCAAGGCUGUCCGAUCGGAUUGGCUAUCCACCAAACCCAGCAAGAUAAUGCUGAUUUUGGCACCUCACCAUGCAAAAAAGAAGCCGAAGAAACCGAGGAAGCCAAAACAUUCACAGCGAAGGUCACGGAAGAUUGUUCGACGCAUUCCCAAAACUCGUGUGAAACGGAUCAACACAACUCACUUCCGUUCCCUGACAGCAGCAGUUACAGCAGCGUCCACCACUGUCAUCACUCAGCAGCCACCACCUCGUAGGGAGAUGGGUGGAAAACCCAAGGUCAAGAUGAAACCCCCUCCAAUUCGAAACCGAAUCCCAAAGGUGUUCCCUGCUCAGCCUGUCGUAACCAAUCAGGAUACUGUUUCAGCCAUUACGGCCAGGCCCCACCUGGAUAUGAUCCCAAGAAGCAGAAGGAAGCCAUGGCCGCGAUUAAGGAGAAAGUAA